CUUAUGGCCUGUUUGGAUACAAACAUUUCAUUUGAAAUGCUGUAAUUGGGCCAAUUCACAUGUUUGGCAAUUUAAAGUAUUUGGAAUUGGAUUUGGGCUCAACUACCUACACAUAUUAAAUAUACCUCAGCCCAUAUCAUUUGAAAUCCAUAGUAAAACACUGACAUUUGAAAUCCAAACCUCACUCUUCAUCCUCAAAACAUCACGAUAAAACUCGUUACUCAUUUUCUCUCUCUUCCAUUGGAGAUUUUUCGAGCUUUCUCUCUCCUCGUUGUCUGGUUUCACGGUUCUUCGGUUUCUCGUUUUGAUUGUCUCCCUCAAGCUCUCUCUCUCCUCAACACAUCGCGAGCUUUCUCUCUCCUCCUACAUUGCGAAAUCUUAUUUUUAAGGAACAAUGAAUUCCAAAAGACAAGGCAAAGAACCUAUGGGUCCUCCACGUAAACGGGGAUAUGUUGCGUGGAAUCGCCAAAUGGAUGUGAUUCUUACUUCCACAUUAUAUGAGCAAAUUAACGAAGGGAACAAGGGUGAUGGGGAUUUCAAGUCCCAAGCGUAUUAAGCCGUGGUGGACAAAUUAAGGGUUGAAUUGAAUAUAUCUGUGACUGUGGAUCAUGUUAGGAACCGAAUUAGGGUUUGGAAGAGGCACUAUGCUACUAUUACUGAAAUUCGAGCUUACACAAAAUUCAAGUGGGAUGAAGAAAAGAAGAUGGUGGUGAUCCCUCUAGAAGAGCUUGAUGAAUGGAAAAAGUAUUGUCAGGAAAAUCCUAAUGCCUCUGGAUACUUGAACAAGUGUAUUGAUAAUUGGGACGACAUAAUGACUUUGUUUGCUUUGGAUAGAGCAACUGGUGAUGGGGCAGAGCAACACGAGGAGUCCGCUGCUUCUAUGGACACUGAAAUUGAAGGAGGGAGUACAUCGGAGACUUCUUCCGGAGGGUCAAACAAGAAGCUCAAGAGGGAUCGUCUUGCGGAUGCUGUUAGUAGUUUUGCGGAUUCUUUCAAAGAGUAUGUGAGUAAAGCGCAAGGCCCUCCGAAACCGAGUUCCCAAGAGAUAUACGACGUAGUCUCUAGCGUUCUUGGGCUUUCGGGUCAACAGGUGCUUCAAGCUGUCAAGAGGUUUAUGAAUGGCCCGGUGAAUGAGUUCGAUAUGUUAAAACAUCUACCGGAGGAGCAAAAGUUAGACUGGAUUUUAUUAUGUAUUAGUGAUUAGUAGUUCUGUUUUGUUGGUUGUAGGAUCGAAUUACAAUUCCAAACUUUAACUUGGUUUGCCAAACAGUAUUUGAAUUUGAAAUUCAACAUUUGAAAUUCUAUGA